GAACUUUUUAACUCUGACUAGAUUAUGUGUUAUACCAUUUUUUAUUGUUGUUGUGAAUAGGCAACACAAUGACUACUAGAUCUACGGACAGCCAGGAACCAGGACAAACAACAUCCGUACACACGGAAGAAGUCGAUGAGACGAGUACCGAAACUAAAGAACAUAGCGACACUGCACACGAGUACAAUUCACAAGAUGCAGCAGAAAAUAUGUUGAACAGUGAAUCAUCGGAUAUCGAUGAUAGUGACAAUGACAAAGACUAUAUUCCGGAAGAAGGCGAUGCAUCGUCAGAUGAGUCGAUAGUUGUCGAACUCAUACCAAACAUUCAAAGAUUUCAAAAGAAGACAGCGUCAACACUACCUCCUGUUGAAUCCUUGCAAUCUCGUGAACGUGACGAAUCAUCCGCAGAGGCACACAAAACCAACAUCACCAUCGCUUAAACAAAUAACAGUGAAU